UCUUCACAGUUCCAGCGAUUCAAGAAAAUAAUGGGGAAAACCGAAAACAUACAGCUGAAUUUGUAGCAGGAAACGGAGCCAUGCUGUCCUUGCUUCCCCUUCGCUUGCCGUGCUCCGCCUCCGCCUCCGCAGCCGCGACGCAUCCAAACUCCACUGUCCUCCUCCGACGCGCCGUUACUCCUAGGCUUCCCAUCCUCCCGAUCUCACCGCGAGCCAGCAUGAGCGCCGCCGCCACGCCGGAUGCCGCUGCUUCGACCGCCGCCGCCGCGGCCUCCUCCUCCGUGGGUGGGGAAGCGGGGAAGGAGGCGGAGGAUGUGGUCGUGCAGUACGUGGUGCUGCGGCGGGACCUCGCGGACGCGUGGCCGCUGGGGAGCGUGGUGGCGCAGGGGUGCCACGCCGCCGUUGCCGCCGUGUGGGCGCACCGGGACCACCCGGACACCGCCGCCUACUGCGGACCUGACAACCUCGACCGGAUGCACAAGGUAACGCUGGAGGUUAAAGGAGAGACACAACUGAAGAACCUGGCUGAGAAGCUAGAAGCAGCUGGUGUCCGGCACAAGCUGUGGAUAGAGCAGCCCGAGAACAUCCCAACUUGCAUAGCCACAGCGCCCUGCCCAAAGUCACAGGUUUCUUCAUUCUUCAAGAAGUUCAAGCUUUGUAAAUGAGCCAUUAUUUUGGGUCCUCAAAAUUCAAAGCUUUGCAAGUAGUCUGUCUUUGUUUUCAUUACUCUGUUUUAGCGUCAUGGGUUGGCAUUAGCAGUACGGAAAUCACACCAGGUACUGCACCCAUUUACUGUCUAUAACUGUUCCAGUUUUGGAUUUAUUGAUUGCGCAUGUUUUUCCCAUGGAGGUGGGUUGAUGAAGCCAUCAGUGAGAAUUGACAUUUU